GGUACUGGCGCCAAAAACAACUUUUAUUUUGCGGGAACUGAAAGGUACUCAAGAUGCCGACAGUCCAACCUCUCCGAUAUGCACACAGCGAUGGACACACUGACGUGUGUUUUGAUGAAAGUGGAAAGCAUAUGCUGACAUGUGGAACAGAUGGAGAUGUGCGAGUUUGGGCUGGCAUAGAUGAUGACGAUGCAGUCUCUCACAGAGUUGGUGACCGUGUGUAUGGUAUUAUAUAUAAGAAUAGCCGAUUCUUUACAUCCUCUGAUACCAACACUAUCCAAGCUCACACCUUCCCUGAUGGAGGACCUGAUGGCAUCCUGACACGUUUCACGGCUCCUGUCAACCACAUGGUGAUAAAUCAGUCCGGCAAGACCAUGGUGGCAUGCUCAAGUGACUUCACUAUUAAGGCAGUAGAGGUGGAAACAUGUAGUCAUAAGACUAUGCAAGGUCAUGAAGCCCCUGUUCUCAGUGUUGCACUGGACCCAAAGGAGGAGUUUGUGGCCUCGUCAAGCUGUGAUGGUACUGUUAGGAUAUGGCAACACACUGACCACUCUCAAGUCACAUCCAUGAGUAUUCUUCCCAAAACAAAUGAUGUCAGUUUAUCCAAAACAAUGUGUCGGUUAUGCUGGGAUUUGAAAGGAGAAAACCUUUUUGUUCCUGUGGAAAAGGAAAUUCACAUUUAUGAAAGAUCCAGCUGGAAAAAAGUAGGAGCCUUUCAAGAUGAAGAUAUAGCAGGGGUAUUGUCUAUCCUGGCACUCUCUCCUGACGGUAAGACUCUUGCUGCAGCAUCAUCAGAAGGAAGUAUCCUGGUGUUGGAUAUAAAGACAAAGAAAUGUGUGGAUAGGUAUAGACACCCAAAGAAAUUUUCGGUGACUUCCCUAGCAUGGAAUCCGAAAAAGGCAACAGAGCUAGCCUUUUGUGAUCAAGAGGGCCAGCUAGGGAUGAUGGAGAACAUCACGCUGUCUUUAGACACCAAGCAGAGUGUUCCUGUACAGGAGACAAGAGCAAAGGAGACUCUUGGAAUAUUUGACGAUGAUGAUGACGAUGACAUGCUGAUACAGGCGACAAAUGACGAGAAGAAAAUGGGAAUAGACUUAGGAGCAGAUAACUCUGGUGAUGACGACCAGAUUCCAGUCAUAAAACCUUUAGGAGAUCUUGAUGAUGAUGCUAUGUCUAAGAAGUCGGACCAAGACGACAGUGCCAGUGUAAUAUCGGAUGCCCCGCUGGUGUUGCCACCUGCUCCUGUGGUGGUAGAAGGGUUCAAGCCUACACCACUCCAGAAUCCAUUCCAGCCAGGGAGUACGCCAAUUCACCUCUCCAGCAGAUUCAUGGUUUGGAACUCCAUUGGAAUCAUCAAGCAGUACAACACAGAAGAAGAGAACAGCAUUGAUAUAGAGUUCCACAAUACAUCAGUUCACCAUGCCAUGCACAUCAGCAACUCAAGUAACUACACACUGGCGGACAUGUCCUCUGAAGCUGUCGUUCUUGCUGCUGAGAGUGAGGAUGGCAACUCCAGCAAACUCACAUGCAUGCAUUUUGGGUCCUGGGACAGCUGCAAAGAGUGGACCACAUCCAUGCCAGAGGGGGAGGAGAUAACGGCUGUAACACUGGGUGAGGACUGGGUCGCUGUAGCUACAGACAAGAGAAACAUUAGGUUGUUCAGUUUGGGUGGCAUACAGCGGGAGAUAUUUUCCAUACCAGGGCCUGUUGUGUGUAUGGCAGGUCACACAAAUCAGCUGAUGCUAGUAUACCACAGAGGCAUGGCCAUUCCUGGUGACCAGUGUCUGGGUGUGACAUUGAUGUAUGUGGAAGGAAAACAGAGCACUGUGUUGGGAGGACAACCCCUACCUCUCUCCCCAAAGACUGCACUGGCUUGGACUGGUUUUUCAGCUGAAGGGACACCUUUCUACAUGGAGUCUUCUGGCAUUGUCAGGAUGUUAAAUCGGAAGUUUGGUCCAAGCUGGAUUCAAGUGGCCAACACAAAAUCACAUGCAAAGGGGAAAUCUGAUCACUACUGGAUUGUAGGGGUGAAUGAGAACCCCCAACAGUUACGCUGUAUCCCCUGUAAGGGGUCCAGAUACCCUCCGGUCCUGCCCCGUCCUGCCGUGUCUAUACUACCGUUUCACGUGCCUUUCUGUGAGAUGAAUACUGAGAAGAGUCAGUAUGAGGAAACCUUGUGGAGGACUCGACUGUUUGGCCAACACUUUGACCAGUGGAUGGCCCAAGGAUUUGAGUUUGAAUCUUCAAGGAAAGUUGAUAACCUGAAACCUGCUCAGGAAGCCCUAAUGAAACUCUUUGCUUUGUCAGCACGAUCCGACCGUGAGUUCCGAGCCCUAGAGGUUUGUGAGAUGAUGCCAGAACAGCACACACUUCAACUAGCCAUUAAAUAUGCCAGUCGUAUCAAACAUAUGCAUCUGGCUGAGCGAAUCAGUGAGUUGGCUCAACAGAAAGAGGAAGAGGCAGAACAAGAGGAGGAGGAGGAGGAGGAGGAUGUACAGCAAGCUAGUUAUAAUCCUGCCCCGGCCUGGACUGGUAGAAAUGGCCAUAUGGGAGUACAACCAAGGGGUCACUCAAUACAGGACGAAGAGGUGAUGGAUGAAGGUGAUGAGGAAAUCAAUAUGGAUGAAGAAGAGGAAGAUGAGGAGAGACCAUCAGGUCCUAUGUUAAAUUUUAAAUCAAAAUCGGAGAAACCAACCCGACCCCAAUUUAUUUCAUCGGCAAGGUCAUCUAACCCUUUCAAGAUGUCCCAGGGAUCACAGAAGACAACCCCAAGUGGAGGUGCAAAGGGAACACAGGUGUUUGACAGUAUGAAUCGAAAAAAAGUAGAUAAAAGUAAGGCAGCAGAUCCCAUCAUCAUUGGCAAGCCAGGAAAGAUACUUGUUAAACCCAAAAAGUCCACACAGGGAAAUUUAUUUGCAACAAAACCUAAAACAGAUACACCAAAGUCUGAUACUCCUUGUGAGACUCCUACCCCUCAGCAAAGUACACCGUCAGCAUUCGACCUGUGGCUAGAGAAGAAUCGAAUAGAACUGGAAGAGGAACAUCCUGACCUGGGAGAUGCAGAUCUGGUACAAACCGCUGCAGAGCGUUUCCGGGACGUCCCUAGAGAGGAAAAACAGGUUUGGAUCACCAAAGCAAAACAACUUAAGUCAGAAAAUUCAGAAAAUGUACAAAACACAGAAAAUACAAGUGCAGAAAUUUCAGCUGAAAACAAGAAACGAAAACGAGAUGAAAUGGACCCUAAAGGAAUAAAAGACAUUGCUAAUAAAAAGAAAAAAGAAAGUUUUUUAGAUAGUAAUAAGAAACCAUUGUCACAAAGCACCAACUCUAAACUUGCUGGAUUUGCUUUUCAAAAAGAUUGAAUUAUACGUACUUUAGUAAUUUAAGAUGUUAUGGACUUUUAAUGCAAUGUUGAUAUCUUCCAUUUAAAUGACUAUAUAGAAAGAUAAAUAUUAAGAUUGGCAUUGAAAUAAUUAACAAGCCAGCUUGGCUGAACCAUUUAAGUGUGUGUCAUAGUGUUAGGUUGCCAUCAUGUUGAAUCGUACUGUACCACUGAAGUUAAGUGUUUUGUUUAUGGCUGUGUAGUACCUGAUCAUGUUUUUGUACAAGAUGUCUUCUCAGAUUUUAUUUGGCGUGAUAAAUAAGUUCCUAUCAUGAGGUCAUAAAACUAUCUGUAACUCGAUAUGGCAAUGUUUAAUGACGGAAUAUAAUUUUGAAGUUCACUAUGACUACAUGAUAAGGGUAUGGCAAUGUUGAUUCAUUUAUCCAUGAAAUAUAUCUUCAACCUGUAUGUGUACUAUACGGGUUGUUUAAGGUGAUAUUUGAAUGGUUGAAAACUUACCGCUGUUUUCCCCCCAGAUUGAAUAGUUAUAAAACCUACCUCUAUUUUCCUGGAAACAUUACUUAACUAAAGUAAUUGUUAAAUGUACAUGGUCUGUCAAUGUAUAUGUCUUGAGGUGUUCUCAUUGUAGUCAGUUGACUAAACAAACCAGCAGGUUUAUAUUUAUUGUACAGAGUAGGAGGAUUUCACUAAUUUCUUCGAUUAUGUGUGAAAGAAAAGUAUAUUUUUAAUAUGUGUAUGAAAUUAAAGUGCUAUUGCUAAACAACCGA